AUGUCCAACAAAAUAGAGCGCAUCAUAGCCCGCCUGCAGCGGCGCAUUGCCGAGGGCCAGCCGGAGGAGCAGUAUGAGGCGGCACAGGAGACGCGGCUAGUGGCCGCGCGGUACUCGAAGCAGGGCAACUGGGCCGCGGCCGUUGACAUCCUGGCCAGCGUCUCGCAGACGCUGCUGCGCUCCGGCCAAGGAGGCAGCGGCGGCGACCUGGCGGUGCUGCUGGUCGACACGUUCCGCCAAGCCGGCCAGAGGGUCGAUGGCGCGUCGAGGGGCAAAUUACUGGGUUGUCUACGGUUGUUUCAGCCUGGGGAACCGGUGAGGAAGCGGUUUGUGAAGGAGAUGAUUGAUUGGUCCAAGAAGUUUGGCGACUACCCCGCCGGUGACCCCGAGUUGCAUCACGUUGUCGGAACGCUCUACGUCGAGGAAGGCGAGUUCGAGGCCGCUGAGAAACACCUGGUGCUGGGCACUAAAGAAUCGCCCGAGGUGCUCGCCCGCAUGGAGUACGAGUGGUACAAGCAGGACGAGUCGCAUACAGCCCCGCUUUACUGCGCCCGCGCCGUGCUGCCGUAUCUCCUCGUCGCAAACGUGCGCGCCGCCAAUACCGCCUAUCGCAUCUUCACCAGUGCCCUUGUUGAGGACAACAAAGGCCUGACGGUCCAGAAUAUCGGGUCCCAGAGCGCAGAGCUCCGUAUCUUCCCCAGCUUACCACUUCUUAACUUUAUCAGCAUGCUCCUUCUUUCCGUACAAAAGGGCUCGCCUGACCUCUUCCGCCAGCUCAAGAGCAAGUAUGAGGCUAAUCUGAACGAGCUUAACGGCAUCUGGGAUACCGCACUCGAGCUGAUCGCCGAGAUGUACUUCGGCAUCCAGCGCCCAAGACAAAGUAACCCCUUGCUGGACAUGAUGGGUAGUCUGUUCGGCGGUGGUGGAGGAGCACCCAGUAAGGCUGCUCUGCGUCGCAUAGACACUCCGGCUGCUGAGGGGUUGGAUUAA